AUGCCUCGAAGCUCAGAUAGAACUGCGGCUGGACACCGUUCCCUUGAGUUAAAAUCAGCAAACAACAACUUACUUGAACCGGUGGAAUUCCUAGAACUCAAUUAUCAGGUUAUCAGUCCAGAUCGGUCUAAUAAAGGAUUGGAAAAGGAAACGGGCAAGCCGGACCUGGGUCUGCGUGAGGCUUAUGAGGGAACUUUGCGGAGGAUAAACGCGAUCUCUGGAGGUGGCAACUCGACAAAGUGGAUAAAACCCCGACAAGGCGGCGCUGAAAGAAGAAAAGGAACAUUAAGGAAAGUCAAACCAAGGCAUCUAACUGCCUUAGACAUUUGGGUCAAUCCAAGAUGGACGGGCGGGCUACCAAGCUACUCCAAGACAGAGAUAGGCCAGGGUUUCCCAGCACGCGCGGUUGCCGAGUUUUCGCAUGAGCAAAGCCACCUUGCAAGCGAUCGGGAACCACCGGCGCGUAAACCGUUUGGCCAAGCGCCCUUGGUGUUUGCAUUAACAACAACAGAGCUGUGCCUGGCUCCGCCUUUUUCUCUCUUUGUGUUCCAAGGGUGGGCAGAGCACAAAUCGCUAGACCACCGAGAUUUCCAGAAACCCCAAGCGAAAGGAACGCCACCAUCACACGCUGGAGCAGAGCCUCCCUCCCAAUCACACCCUAUCUCUCAGCCCGACAGAGCCGGCACCCCAGCUCGUGGUCCUGGGAUGCAUACCCACAUGUCAUCUAGCGCCCACCAGCAAUCGGUUGCGAUCAUCACCAUGCUGAAACGCGGCCAGCCCUGA